AUGCGUGGACCACCUCGCGAUGCUCGUUCUACUCGCGAGAAUGGCUGGCCUAUGGAUAGGCCUGGCCGCAUGCGUGGAUCCGGACCCAAUGAUUCGUUCCAUGGACGCGAUCCUUCUGGACGGGGAGAGCUGAUGCCUGACCACAUGGACCGACCAGUCGAUAUUCCUCGGCGUGGAGACCCAUCAAGGCCAGAGAGACCAGAGAAAGAUGAUCGGAGGCCCUAUCCGCCACGUCCUCUAUCGCCGCCCAGACCUGCUGACCUGCCAAACCGACCUGACCGAUUCCCUCCGCCCGAUGAUCGCAGAUCUGGCGGAUUCCCUUCGUCCUCCCGCAUCGAUGAUCUCCCCCGGGCCCCUCGCACGGAUCGACAAGCUGAUCCGAGGGACACUGCACCAGGUCCUGAUAUGACUCAUGGUCGACUUCGGCAGCCGGAACCUCCGUCUGAGAUUCCUGCAGGCCCUCGAAGACGCGGUGGACGUAAUAUUCCUGGGCAGGCACCUCCAAUGCUCAGCUCGAGCAAUGCUACAUUGCCCACUCCGGAACGCCAGACACCUACUGGCCCUGCCCGACAAAGUGGGCGUGGGGCACCUGAGCAACCCGCUGCUCCAACACAACCCGUGGGCUCGAGUAGUGCCCCAGGGGUCCAUCCGGACCGCCUCCGGAAUCUUGUCAAUGAACCUGCAGCCCCCGCUGCUGCUCCCUCAGGUCCUCGCGGAUUAGGCCCACAACAACCACCUCGAGGACCCUCUGCCCAGUCUGGGCAGUCUGGACCGCCUGGACAAGGUUUCGGUGGGGAACGUGGCCGUGGCGAUAAACGUUUCGCAGGCCUUAAUAAUAUGCUCCAGCAGUCUGGUGGUGGCGGUGGUGACCGGGGUGGGAACCCUCCGCCUGUUCGCGGCAGAGGUGCCAAUCGCCCCUCAAGCAACAUGGAGGCACCAUCGCCUCAGCCUGCAAAUCGACCACCCAUGGGCCCUGCAGGACCCCAAGAAGACCUACCCCGCAACCGUCCCAACGGUGGCCGAGGUGGUGACCUGAUUGAUGAUAUCGUUCCCGACGCGGGUCGCUCUGGGCCGACUGGCAAUCGCAGCCGUGAAAUGGAACCUACUCGCGACAAGGAGCCCGAGCGCCGUGAUGGUAGCAGCAGCGGUCGCAAUCGACGUGAUGGCCGUCGAAAUGACCGGGAACGCAGUCGCCGCAGCGAUGUAGGAGGUGGUGGAAGCCGCGACGAGAAGGGCGCUGGCGAACCCCGUGAGACCCUGCGCCGGGUUCAGAGCUCACGCGAAGAGAUGCGACGUCGAGACCGACGUGAUCGCCCGGAUGGACCGUCGGAAAUGAGUGGACCAGCACCUAGUAACAGUGAGCCCCAUGAGGCUGAAGGCCGUUUGCGCCCCCCGUCCUCCAUGGAUGCACCGCCACCACCCCUCCCCCCUCCACCUCCCCCGAUGCCGGAUGGAAACGAGCGUCGUUUCAAUUCUGGCGACCGGGGUAGCCGGUCGGACAAUCGGGAUCGCGAACGCGAGCGCCGUGGUGACCGACGUGACCGGGAUCACCAGCGCGAGGGUGGCAGCGGCUCUGGAGGCUCUGGGCACCGUAAGCGUGGUCGACAGGGUCCUGAUGAUGGCGCUGACGGUGGACGCGGCAUGAGAAUGGGAAAUGAUAACAAACGUCCUCGUCGAGGAGCGUGA